GGGGUGAGAGAUUAUUGUUACCUAGGCAGUUCGGCGCAAGACAAGAAGAAGAAUGCAAGAAAUUCUUCUUUCGGUGGUCGAGACCGACCUCCGCUUAUUGGCCGCGGAGGCCAAGAAAGCGGAGUCGAUGAUGGGAAACCUUAUGGGCAUGCUGCACCAUAGCGAGCUGCCCGCGCUGAAGGAUGCCACCGAGCGUGCCACGCGCAAAGUCCGCGACGUGGGGGAGCGGCAAACAGGGCUAGUUGGCGUGCAGCAGGCACUGGAGAUUCUCACGCCGUUCGCGCGGGCGUGUGAGACCAAGUACCCGAAACUGGCUUGCAUUGGGCUCAGCGCCUUCCAAAAGCUGCUUGCGAAUGACGCAGUUUCCAUACAGGGGCGCCUGGAAAUCAUCCGGGCGUUCCAGGCGGCUGAGAAGCUGAACGACGAAAAUGUGAAGCUGAGGAUCCUGCAGGCCAGCCUGACCAUCAUCCAGAGCUCCAGCUUCGCGGAUGAGCAGGAUGGUGUGCAGCAGCUGCUGUCCGUCAUCUUCCGGUUAUACGUCACCAACAAAUCCAACCAGGCCGUGCAGAGCACCGCUGCGGCCACCAUUCGACAGGCUGUGGCGCUGGUGUUUGACCACAGCGUGAUGCGUCCCACCCGCACCACCGUGUCGGCCUCCUUCUCCCCCGUGCUGGGCUCGCCCAGCGCAAGCCUCUCACCCAUCGCCGCGUCCGCCUCGACGCCCAUCACACGCAGCAGCGGCGGCUAUGCGGUUAUCACCAGCAACAGCGCCGCCGGCACGCCGCUGAAGGCCGGCGGCGCCACUGGCAGUGGCGGGGAGGCUGGUCUAGCGGUGGGGCGGGAGACAGUGCCGGUGUUGCUGCUGGAGGAGAUGAUGGGCUGGCUGGGGGAAGACAAAGAGGUGGGCUGGAUUCAGCUGCCGCCCAAGGCGCCCCGGCCCGACGACACCUUCCUGUACGAAAUGCUAGAGGGCGUGCUGCUGCAGCGGGCCGGAGCCAUACACAGGCUGGCGGCACUGGCGCGGGUGGUGCGGCACAAGGUGGCGCCGCUGCUGGUGGUGCGCCUGGACCGGGCGUGCCGCAAGGGUGUGGAUGAGAACCUGGCGGGCGACUGCCGGCUGGUGGUGCGCUGCGCCGCCGCACUGGUGCGCCGCCACCACGACCUGGCGCCAGAGGCGGUGUCUGUGCUGGUGGCGAGGCUGGCGGAGACCGCAGGCAGCGUGGUGGCAUUGGGGCGGGCGGGCGGAGGCGGUGGUGGAGGAGGAGGGGGAGGAGGCGGCGUGUCUUCGCGUUGGCAGCGCUUCAUGGCGCUGCAGGCGCUACGGCCGCUGGUCAGCGACCCGUACCUGCUGUACAGGAUGUACCACCUUCCGGCUCCGCAGCUCGCCGGCGAAAAGCCUGGGAGCACCGGCGGCCUGGGCAGCGCCUCCAACAGCCAGCGCAGCCUGACCACAUCCUCACCGGCGCCCAGCGUAUCCGGCGAAGCAACUGGCACUAGCACUGCCAGCGGCGCCGCAGGCGCCGACGCGGCCGCUGGUGGAAGCGGCGGGCCGCUGCCUGUGGUCAUCCGCUGCCUGCAGGAGGCGCUGAUGUGGUACGUGCGCACGGCCUCGGACAGCCCCGACGACGACGUGGUGGGCGCGCUGGGCAACCUGUACCUGCAGAGGGCCAUGGGCGCGCGCGACGCGGUGCAGGAGACGGAGGCGUUUGGUGUGCACCUGGCCCAGGGCAGCGAGGUGGUCAUAGCGCACCUGGGGCUGGAGUGUGUGCUGGGGGUGGUGGCGGCCACGGAGGCGCUGGCAGACGUGGUGGUGGUGCCGGCGGAGCCCGGCAUGCCCUCGCCCAAGCUGGUGAUGCGGGACACGCCCGACGUGCGCUGCGCCGCCGUGGCCGGCCUGGUGCGGCUUCUGUGGCCGGCGGGGCUGGCGGUGGCUGACACGCUGCUGCGGGCGGCGCGGCAUGACGUGCUGGUUCAGCUGCUGGUGCGGGCGCUGCAGACCAUGACCUACUGUGCGGGCGCGCUGGGCGAGGGCCGCGCGCGCGACUGCCUGUUGGCACGGCUGUGCACACACGCGCUGCUGCCGCCCGGGGAGGAGGACAUGGGCUCCAUGGUGGCGGCGGCAACCGGCGUGAACGUGGCGCCGCUGCCGGGGGCCGGCGGCGGCGGCGGCGCUGGCGGCGGCGGUGGCGAGGACCGCAGCGCGCAUGUGCCCAACCGCCGGACCUCCUCCGUUGCGCCGCCCUCGGCAACCCCCGCCGCCUUCACGCUCGCCCCGCUGCCGCCCGGCUUCCUCACCGCCAUCCUCAAUGACCGCGGCGGCGGAAUCUCCGCCGGUGGGCCCUCGGCUGCCUCAGGGCCGCCGCUGCGGGUGGUGCUGACGCCACGCAACAUCGCGGCGCUGCGGUCGCUGUUCAACCUGGCGCACAGGCUGGCUGACGCGCUGGGCAGUAGCGGCUGGCUAUAUGUGGUGGACGCCGUGAACGCCCUGGACCGCAUCCUGGCCUCACCGCACACCACAACCGCCGCCUACCUCAUGGAGACGGAGGGCGAGAUGGCGGUGGGCCUACAGCCCGCCUUCACCGGCGUCGGCGUGCCGGGCAGCAGCGUGCCCGGCGGCGGCGGGGGCGCCUCUGGGCCCGGCGGCGGCAUGACGCCCGGGCCCUCCGCCGCGCCCGGCGGCGUGGUGCCGCUGCCCUCCGCCGCCGCCGCCGCGAUGGCGGGCCCCGACGGCGACGACGAGGACGGCGCUACCAGCGCGCAGCGUGAGCUGCGCAUCCUGGCCUCGGCCGCCGACCAGCUGUUUGAGAACACGCACCACAUGAGCCCCGAGGCGGUGGUGUCGCUGCUGGGGGCGCUGAGCGACAUCUCGCACCGCACGCUGGCGGGCAUGGGGCUGCUGGCCGCCGCUGGCGGUGCAGCGGCGGCAGGCGGCGGCGGCGCAGGCGCGGCGCAGAGCGCAGUGCCAGGCGGGGUACCGAUAGGAGGUGGGGGCGGCGGCGGCCUGGUCCCGGCGGCGGCGGGCCUCAGUGGCAUGCUGAGCACGGGCGGAGCCGGCGGCGCAAGCGCCGCGUCACUGGGGUCGGGCGCAAGCGGCGUCUCCGCUGCCGCUGGCGGCGCAGCCGCUUCCGGCGGCGGCGUGCUGGGCACGGCCAGCGGCGGCGCAGCGGGCGGCACGGGGCUGACGGGUGGCGGCGCGGCGCCACUGCCGCUAAUGGUGCAGCCAGUGGUGGGCCCAGGCGGGCUGCUGGCGCCGCCGGGUCCGGGCCCGGUGCGGCUGUGCGCGCUGAACCGCAUGGUGGACACGCUGCUGCACAACCUGUGGCGCGUGCAGGACCUGUGGGGUAUCUUCCUGGCGCACGUGCUGGAGGCGCUGGGCAGCGGCAACGCCCAGGUCCGCACCGCUGCCCUGGACGCGCUGGACCGUACCAUCACCGGCGCGCUCAACCCCGAGCUGCAGCAUGUGCCCGACAAGUUCACCGCGCCCCUGCCCAUGCCGGAAGACGCGCUCACGCCCUUCGGCACACUGACCGCCGUUGACAGUGUGUACGCGGCGGGGCGGCGGGGCUCCCCCUUCCUGGCGCCCUCGCUGCCGUCCUUCGCCAUGUCUCUGGCGGCGCAGCAGGCGGCGCUGCAGCUGCCCGGCAGCGUGGGCCCGUCCUCACCAGGGCCCGUGCAGGGCCCGGGCGGCGGGGCGUCGCGGCGGAUGUCGCGCGACGCGCCGCAGUGGAUGGGCAGCAGCGCCGCCGGCACCGGGCCCGCCACGUCGACGCUGACGGCGUCCUUGCAGCAGCUGCAGCUCCAGCAGCAGCAGCAGCAGCAGCAGCAGAUGAUGCCGGGCAGUGGCAGCCAGCCCGCCAGCCUACGGCCGUCGCUGGACGUGGGUGUUGGCACCGGCCGCCCGCCCAUGCCGCCGCAGCUGGCUUCGCCGUCGCCGCCCGCGCCGCUGCCUGGCGGAGGAAUUGGCGCUACGCCUUUUGCAAUCAGCCUGGGCAACGCGGCCGCCGCGGCGGGUCCAGGCAGCCCCGGCGCGGGCUUCGGUGUGGGCGGCUUAAUGUCCUCCGCCGCUGCGUCGCCGCCGUCCUUCACGCUCAUGGCGCCGGGGGCGCUCGCGGCCGCGCCCACCGCAACGCUGACCACCAUCACCGCCGCCACCACCACGACCACCACCACUGCUGCCACCACGAGCUCCACCUCCGCGGGCGCUGCCGCGGCCUCCGUACGCGGCGUGCAGCAGGCGGCGCAGUCGGAGGACGUGCAGCACAUGCUGCUGGUGGCGCUGGACUCGCUGUACCGUGAGGGCGGCCGCAGUGCCGACGUGCGGCGCGGGCUGCUGCGCAUCGCGCUGCACGUGCUGCAGCACCACGGCGACGGGCUGACGCGGGGCUGGGUGCCGCUGAUGCGGCUGCUGGAGGCGGUGCCGCGGGCGGGGCAGGACCCGCAGGAGGUGCGGCUGGGCUUUCAGGUCGUUGAGCUGCUCGCCACCGAUUACCUGGCUUCGUCGCUGCCCAAGGAGUACGUGGCCAAGGCGCUGGACGUGGUGGCCAAGUUCGCGCAGCAGGACGUGGUGCUGAACGUGUCACUGACCGCCAUCACCAUGCUGUGGAACGUGUCCGACCACCUGGCCCGCUCACGAGGCACGCUGUCCAAGGGCCGCGCCGCGCAGCACCUCAACCGGGUGCAGUCGGCUGCCGCCGCUGCUGCAGCCGCCUCGGCCGCCUCCGCAGCCUCCCCGGCCGCCUCCGCAGCCGCGCCCGCCGCCGCCGCGGCGGCGGCAAGUGGCGGCGGCGCGGGCGCCGCGCAAACGCAACCGGUCGCCUCUGCUCCUGUUGCGAUUGCGGCAUCGGGGACGUCGUACAAUCUGUUCUCGGCGAGCGCUGGUGCUGCUGACGCGGUCGCCAGCGCUGAGAAGCCGAUGUCGCCUGCCUUCGCCGCCGCGCUGAGCUUUGCGCGGGGGGUGCCCUCGCGCCCCGCCUCCGCCUCGCCCGGCGGCUCCGUUUCCGCGCCGGAUGCCGGACCCACAGCCACCCCUACCACAGCCACCCCUACCGCAGCCACCCCUACCACAGCCACCCCUACCGCAGCGGCGCCGACUGCAACGGUCGCGCAUAGCCGUCUCAGCGCCACCGCUGUGGCAGCGGGCGCGCCAACGGUAGCGGCACUUCCGGGUGCGGCGCCUGCGGGCGGCUACCCCCUCCACGACCUGAACGAGGAGGAGAGUAUUGCCAUGCUCAUGAUCGCCUUCCGGUCGCUCAAGUCGCUGUCAGUGGAUCCACGGCCAGAGGCCCGCAACGCCGCUGUGCGCACGCUGUUCCUGGCGGUAUGCAGCCACGGCGGCAAGUUUCCCAGCGCCACCUGGCACGAGCUGUUCUGGCAGCUGCUGUUCGACCUGCUGACCACCAUUCACCGCGUCAGCGCCACCAGCAGCAGGGAGGAGGCGGCCGCGGUGGAGCUGGGUAAGGAGCGAGGCGGCCGCUCUGUGGUGAUGCUGGUGCACCACAGCCGCAACAGCGAGCAGAAGCAGUGGGACGAGACGCUGGUGCUGGCGCUGGCGGGCGCGGGCAAGGUGCUGCGCUCCUACUUGCCGCUGCUCAGCGGGCUGGACGUGUGGGGCCGCGCCUGGGAGGAGCUGAUGCAGAUCCUGGGCGAUGUGCUGGCCAGUGGGCGCAAGGGCGUGUCCAUGGCCGCCACCAGCCUGCUCACCACCAUCAUGCAGGCGCAUGGCACCGGGCCGCUGGUCACCCGCACCAUGUGGCGUCAGUCCAUGGGCGCCAUUGACCGCGGGGUCACCACCAUGGCGGCGCCAAACACGUCAGCGCCGCUGCAGGCGCGUGCCGAGCUGCUCGCCUGCAUCUCCACCCUCGCCUCGCUGCUGCUGCUCCGCACCAAGCCCGCACCAGCGGGCGCCUCCUCAGCCUCCGGCUCCGCGCUUGACUCGUUCUCCUCCGCCGUGCCAUCCACCUCUGGCGGCACCGACUUCCCCGCCCCCGGCUCCUCCGAUUCCCUGCCCAGCUCUGCAUCGUUACCAGCCGGCAUUGGCGGAGCCUCCUUGCCGCCCGCCGAGCCUGAGCACCUGCUGAUGUUCGUGGGGUGGCUGGACCGGUUCGCUCGCUACCCAGUGGGUUCGGAGGAUUCGUCCGCGAUCCACUUCAUCACCAUCGGCCCCAUUCAGAAGGCCGUACUGGGCGCGCUGGCGGCGCUGCCGCCCGCCGUGACGGCGGCGGGCGCGUGGCCCGAGGUGCUGGGCGUGCUGUGCCACAUGCUGCGGCCCUUCAACACCCUGGCCCUCCGGCAGUACUCCAUGCAGCAGGCGGCGGUGCAGCAGGCGUGCGCGGCGGCGCAACGGAGAGCAACGGCGGCAGCCGCGGCGGCAGCGGCCGCAGACGCGGCGGCCGCAGGUGCUCCGCUGGACUCGUUCGCCUCCGCCGCCUCUGCCAUCUCCGCAGCCAGCGCCAGCACAGCACCUGGUAGCCGGGACGCAUCUGCGCAUGCGGGUAGCGUGCACGGCGCCGGUGGGGGUAUGGGGCCAGGGCAGGCAGGCGCGGAGCGGGCCGCCCCGGUGAUCCCGGCAGCGAACGACGCGAUGGAGGCUCGGGCCAUGUCGCCCCAGUGGAUGGCCAAGGUGGCGGAGAUGCUGGCCACCUGGUACCGGGACCAGGUGUCAUGGCAGGUGCGCGUGGCCACGUUCCCGUUGCUGGUGGCGGCUCUGUCGGAGUGCAUGGCUUGCCGCCACCUGCAGGCGCAGCAACAGCUCCUUAUGAUCCAGCAACAACAGCAGCAGGCUGCAGCUGCAGCCGCCUCGGCGGGCUCGGGCUCGGGCUCGUCGCUCAUGCUGGGCGGCGGCGGUGGGGGCGUGGGCGGGUCGGUCAUGCUGACGGUGGAUGCGGGCGAGCCGCUGGACGAGCUGUGGCGGGCGGCGGCGCGGGGCUUCGUGACGGUGGUGCAAACUGGCCUGCCCUCCAUCAACAUCUGCAGCCAGGCUGUGGGCGCAACUUCAUCGUCCCCGCACCAGCAGGUGCCGCAGUCCACGUGGCCAGCCCUGGCGCGCGCCUUCCAGAUGUUCUUCCUUGCCACAAGCCUGCCGCCGCUGCAGCAGCCGCCCGCGGACGCAGCCGCCUCCAUUGCCAUUGCCGCGGCCGCCGCCGCAGCAGCCAACAUGGGCCGCGGCGGCAGCGCCGCCAGCAGCAUCACCUCGGACACCGGUGGCAGCCUUGUGGCGCUGGCGGCACCGUCGGCGGAGCAGGUGGCGGCGGAUGCUACGAUCACUGCCGCGGUGUUGGACUGCCUGUCGGACACUGUGUUGUCGUCAUGCCAGCACGCGCCAGUCGAGGUCCGGAGGGCGCUGGUGGAGGUGCUGGACGCGGGCGCGUCCUCCCUUGCAGCGCCAGCCGCCGCCGGCAUUAGCGCGGCAGCCAUGGCCGCGGCUGCGGCGGCGCCACCGCCGCCGCCGUCACCCUCGGACGCAGCCGCCGGGGCCCUGCCGGGUCGUGGCGGCAUCGCGUACGACGAGUCUGGCCUGACUCCGGGCAACCGCCUGAGUCACGUUUGUCUGGCGAAACUGUACGUGCUGUGCAGCCGGGGGCAGGAGCAGCAGGACGCGGAGGGCCGUGAGCUGCCGGGCGUGCGGUCCCAGAUGGAGGUUGCGCAACUGGCUCUACCAGUCUUCGUGUCGCGCUGCGAGUCCAUCCUCCUCGAUUACACGCGCGCCGAGCAGCGCGCGCGGAGCGCCGCCGACGCUGCGUCCGCGCCAGCACCAGCAGACGCUGCCGCCUUGCAGCCACCGGCGUCACCGCGGCAAAGCCACCACCAGUCUGUCCAGCACGGACGCGUGGUUGCGGCGCUGCACGACAAGGCCGUUCACGUCAUUGAACUGCUGCAGCAGCUCAAGGUCGUGCCGGCCGUGUCCGACUCGCUGCUUUCUUCGAGGCCGCACCUGCGCUUCUGGCUUGACGUGGGGCGGGCCGUGCGCAUGCAGGCGGCCCUGCCGCCUGCGGCCGCGGCUGCAGCCACGGCUCGGGACGUCAGUGGUACUGGUGCCCCGCCGGCGCCAUUCGCUGCGGGUAUGCUCACGCCACCAGCGCUGUCGCGCCGAAGCAGCAAUGGCACCGACGCUCUCAGUGGGCUGCCGGUGGCUGCUGGCGGCGGCUCGGUCGCGGGGGGCUCGGUGGCGGGUGAUGUCGUGCUGCCAUCGGGGCCCUCCAACGGCGGCCUCACGGGUCGCGCAUCCACAUCGUCGCAGGGCUCGUUCUUCUCAAGAACCUAUACCAGCACAGGAGCGCUCCUGUCGUCAGCGAUGGGUGCGGCCGCGGGUACCGGCGGCGCGGCACCCGCGGUAGGCAGCGGUCCCAGCGCAAACGGUUUGCUCGGCCAGUCGUCAUUUGGCCGGCUGCCCACGGACGGCAGCGGUGGUGGCGCGCAGGCGCCGGCAGCCCAGCGGAGCGCGGCAGCGCCUGGCAUUGCCAGCGGUGGACCGUUGGCGCCGCCGCCCGCCGCCGCAACGGCACCGCUGGUGCUGGCAGGCAAGAUGCAGUGGGCUAAGGAGCAGCCGCAGGUGGCGGCGUUGUACGGCGUGUUGGUAGAGUGCAUAGGCAGCGGCGACCCUGUGAUCCGCACAUCUGUGCAGGGCAUGCUGACGGCAUUGGGCGGCGGGAUGGGGCUGUGUGCCGCGCCAACAGGGCCGCGCGCCGCAACGAGUCUGCGAUAGCCGCUUGUGGCAUCUUGCAAUGCGGUGUGAGUGGGUUUGUGGCAUCUUGCUGUACGUUAUUAAUCGGUUUGGGGCAUCUUGCUAUUCAGUACGGUACUGUCCAGCCAGCAAUGUUGUUUGAGGAUGUGGUUCGGAUCAGGUAUUGUAGAAGUGAUGGGUUUGUCAAUAAUGGCAGGAUGGUAGUAUGCGGUUAUGCCUGCGGAGGCUUCGCGUGCCCCGUACAACUGCACAACGGCUCUUAUUGUCAUGUAAAGCCAAGCAGCA